CCUGCGGGAGGGAGGGAAGGCCUGACUGCCCAGCGGAACCCGCCCAGGCGCACAGCUCUUCAGACUCUGGCCUGGAUCUUCCUCCCAGAGGUACCUGCCCAGGACCCAGCAAUGGCCACUGGGACCCUGAUGGCUGGGAACCAGGAAUCAGUGACCUUCAAGGACGUGGCUGUGGACUUCACCCUGGAGGAGUGGGGGCGGCUGGAGCCUGGCCAGAGGGAGCUGUACCGGGACGUGAUGCUGGAGAACUACCAGAACCUUCUCUCACUGGGGGCAGGGUUUCUUGGGUCCAAACCUGAUGUAAUCUCCCGUCUGGAGCGAGGGGAAGCGCCAAAGAUGGAGGAGAGAGAAGCCCAGCGAGUUACCUGUCCAGACUUGGAGAAAAGCUCUGUGGCUACUCAGGAGAUACCUCCAGAAAAGAGCAUUUCUAAAGAGUCAGCUUCUCCAGUGGAGGGAAUUUUAAGGGCUGUACUUGGUGAUGCCAAGUUGGGGGAACUCCAGGCACGUUGCCAUCCAUUGGAGGACCUGGGAAAGCAGGAGAGGCAUUUGAGGUGCUUAUUUGCUACUCCCAAGGGAGACACCUUGGCAGAUAGGGGCCUCAGGGGUAAUGAGCUUGGGAGAAGCAUCAGGUGGACCUCUGCCCUCAUCAGGAAGCAAAGAGUGCCUGGUGGAGAGAGGCCCUGGAAGUGGAGUGGGCCACGGAAGAGCUUGAAACACCAAAGGACCUUCAUAGAGAAGAAACCAUUUAACUGCACAGAAUGUGGGAAAGCCUUCAUUUACCAUUCAGACUAUAUUCUGCAUCAGCGAAUUCACACUGGAGAGAAACCCUACAAGUGCAAUGACUGCGGGAAGGCAUUCAGCAACAGCUCAUAUUUCAUUCAGCACCAUAUCAUUCACACAGGAGAGAAGCCCUAUGUCUGCCAUGAAUGUGGCAAGACCUUUACUCAGAGCUCAUCACUUACUGAGCAUCAGAGGAUCCACACUGGAGAGAAACCCUACAAAUGCAAGGACUGUGGGAAGGCCUUCACCCAGAGCUCAUCCCUCAUUAAACACCAGCGAUGCCACACUGGGGAGAAACCCUAUAAAUGUGACCAGUGUGGAAAGUUCUACUCUCAGGUCUCCCACCUCACCCGCCAUCAGAAAAUCCACACAGGGGAGAAGCCCUACAAAUGUGGCGAGUGUGGCAAGGCCUUCUGUCACACUUCCUCCCUGACCCAACACCAGACCAUCCACACUGGGGAGAAACCAUACAAAUGCAACGAGUGUGGGAAAACCUUCAGCCACAGCUCAUCCCUCACUCAGCAUCAGCGAGUCCAUACUGGAGAAAAACCCUAUGAGUGCACGGAGUGUGGCAAAGCCUUCAGUCACAGCUCGUCUCUGACUCAGCACCAGAGAAUUCACACUGGUGAGAAACCCUACGAGUGUCAUGAGUGUGGGAAGGCUUACACACAGAUUUCCCACCUCAUGAGGCACCAGAGCAUUCACAUGGGAGAAAAGCCCUAUAUAUGCAAUGAGUGUGGAAAGGCUUUCAGCCACACCUCAUCCUUUACACAACACCAGACAAUUCACACUGGUGAGAAGCCCUACAAAUGCACUGAGUGUGGGAAAACCUUCAGCCAGAACUCCUCACUCACACGCCACCAGAGGAUUCACACGGGAGAGAAACCUUAUGAGUGCAAAGUUUGUGGGAAAGCCUAUACCCAGAUAUCCCACCUCAUUCAACACCAGAGGAUUCACACUGGAGAGAAACCCUAUGAGUGCAGUGAGUGUGGGAAAGCCUUUAGCCGGAGCACCCAUCUCAUCGAGCACCAGAAGAUCCACACUGGCGAGAAACCAUAUAAGUGUAAGGAGUGUGGGAAAACCUUCAGUCACAACUCAUCCCUCACUCAACAUCAGAGAAUUCACACUGGUGAGAAACCCUAUGCCUGUAAGGAAUGUGGAAAGGCCUUCAAUCAGAGCAUCCACUUGAUUCAGCAUCAAAGGAUUCAUACUGGAGAGAAGCCCUACAAAUGUAAUGACUGUGGGAAAACCUAUACCCAGAUCUCACACCUUCUCCAACAUCAGAAAGUCCACAUUGGUGGCAAACGCUAUGCCUGUAAAGAAUGUGGAGAGGGUUUCAGCUGGAGUUCACACCUUACUGAACACCAGAGACUUCACACUGGGCAGAAUGCCUACAUAUGUGAUGAUUUUGAGAAAGCCUUUGCUUGGGGCACACAGCUUGCUGAUCAUCAGAGAACUCAUGCUGACUAGAUAACCUGAGCAUGUAACAAACUGACAGUUCUGCUGUUAGGUUCGUUAGGUUCAGCCUUCAUCAAUACUAGGAACCCUUGGAAAAAAUUCAUCUUCAGGAAAAGACGGAUCCAGGUGCUUAAAUAACUUUUAAGCAAUGUGUUCUUCAUCAACACCAGGAACCCCCCCCCAACCCAGGGAGGAAUGUUAGCACCACAUGUUGAGAUAGUUUGUUACUUUGUUCCCUAGAGGGAGGAUGGCACAGUUUAUCACCAGCUGGGAUAGCUUAUGAUUGUUUGGGGGGUUUACUUCACAUAUUUUAUCAACCCUACAAUGUCCCCAGAUGGUGGUAUAAUUAGGAGAUGGUCUAAAAGAGAUGCCACCUCAUCUGAGAUCUUUAAUAAAAACAGCUCUUUCUGAGCUUUUUAAACUGAUUGAUCUUUACUUAAAUUGGAGCCUGAAUAUUCCGAGGGAAAAACAGCUAUAAAAAUUAACCCUUUAAAGUAAUGAUUUUACUUUCCU